CAGCCGUGCUGCCUAGGCGGUUCUGCCCGUCUCUAUCAGAUUUCAUUUUUAUUUCUAUUUUUUAAAUAUAUUUUCUCUACCUAUAACCUACUUCUCUCUUGCGCCGGUCGCCAAUCACUUUGGUGUGGGAGAUGAUGUGCCAGUGCGUGAGAACUCACUCGCUCUUUUCUACAUCUUUCAAGUUCAACCUCUCCACAUCUCGAGCUUGCCCUUUUCAAAGGAAAUCCUCUUCUAAUUUCAAGCCCUUUCGCUCUUCAUCGUCAACUUCUCCGGCCAAAAUGUCUGCCCAAACCAUAGAGCACAUCGUUCUCUUUAAGGUCAAAGAUGAGACAGAGCCAUCUAAGAUCAAUUCCAUGAUGAAUGGUUUGAAUGGUCUGAAAUCUCUCAGUCAGGUUCUCCACCUCACUGCCGGGUCAAUCCACAAGAAUCGAUCUACUGCUUUCGCGUUCACGCAUAUGUUGCACAGUAGGUACAGCACCAAAGAGGACUUGAACGGCUAUGCUGUACAUCCGGAACACGUAAAAGUUGUAAAAGAGUUAGGUUUGCCCAUCUGUGAUGACAUCAUGGCGGUCGAUUGGGUCGCCGAUCUCGAUGGCCCAGUAGUUCUCCAGCCCGGCGCUGCGAUGCGGGUGACCUUCUUGAAGUUGAAGGAGGGUUCGGGGGAUACCGAGAAAGGACAGGUCUUGGGAGCUAUUGGGAGUAUAAAGGAAAGUUUUCCUUCGAUUAAUCAGCUUAGCUUUGGGGAGAAUUUCUCGCCUGCAAGGGCCAAGGGGUUUUCGAUUGCAUCACUGGCAGUCUUUCCUGGACUGAACGAAUUAGACGCUUUGGACUCGAACGAGGAGAUGGUGAAAGCACAGAAGGACAAGGUUAGAGACUUACUGGAGAGUGUCAUCGUCAUCGAUUAUGCUAUCCCGCCGUCGCAAACUGCUAACCUUUGAAUGAGCUUCCGAUGAGGUUGAGGUUGGGGUUUAAUUGUUUCUCCUUGUCUGGAACCCAUCUCUUUUUCUUCUAAUAAUCUAGUGACUGGGGCUACUGUGGUAUGAUUUUAUUUGAAGUAAUGGAUGAAGUUUUGGUUAUACAACGAAUUCUCCUGGUCCUAAACUGGAAAAUCUAUGAUUUUAACAUUAUAUGCGAGUAUCGGCAGUGUCAAUUCAUGUUUGAGUAAUUCGAUUAUAUCGUCCCUAUAACGUUAAUUUACUAUUUCUUUA